AUGAAUCUGUUGCUAGUUCUCUUGCUUCGUUUCGUGCAAACUGUCCAGUUUUGCGCCCGGCAUGAGCUUGGUGUGCACAUGGAGUCAAAAGCUCCAGAGAAUUCUGCUGUUGCAGAGCCACUGGAGCCUCCACUUCAGCGCGGGGAGGCCGUGAUCUUUGGAGAUGGACGACAGGGGAUCAUUACAAGGGCGUAUGUCCUUGAGGACAAGUAUGCCAUUCGCGCAGAUGGGGCCGUACGCGAGGUGAAGGGGCCGAACAACAGUUUCUUCUACUUCCGACGUAGGGACCUACAGCGUGUUCUCCCAAUCAAUGGCGACAUUGAUCCCGUGGACACCAUAAUGACAAUCAAUGGCGAGCCUCCAGAGAAGAAACCACGACUGGACGCGGUUGAGGCUGCGCUUCCAGUUCCAACAGGCCCGCCGCGCUUCGAGGGCCGAGUCAAGUGGUUCAGCAAAGAGAAAGGCUUUGGAAAAAUUCUGUGUUUGCAGCCAAAUGCAGCUGGCGAGUUGGGAGAGGAGGUUUUCGUUCACAAGAGUCGCUUCGAUGGUGGUCCUGAUGGACCCCAUGCUCAGGCCGUCGCGGAAGGCUCUACGGUGACCUUCGAGAUCAUCACUUCUCAGGUGGACGGGAAGCCCACAGCCUGCCACGUUCAGGUGGCUGGGGUUCGCUCUGGAAGUGGUUUGCCAGAGAAGUGGCCAGCAAGCCAAAAAGAGGCGCUGAUUCGAAAAUUGUUGAUCAACGGCAUGCAGAUCGGCAGCUUUCAGGAAAAGGGGGUGGGCAAGGCACAAAUGGAGGACCGAAUGAUCGUCCGAGCUGGGAUCCCUGUUGAAGCAGUAGGUGCCAGCUGUAAAAAGGCGGUGGUGUCACUCUUUGGGGUUUUCGAUGGUCAUUCAGGGGCAUCGUGCAGUGACUUUGUGGCCACAAAUCUGGACCGAAUUGUCUUCGAGUGCAUCAGGCAUCAGAUGAAACGCGAGGUUAGCAGUGAUAUGGCCAUGCGGUCAGCACUGCAAGCUGCUUUCCGAACCACAGAACACAAUUUCUUCCAGUAUGCCAACAGGCUAGAAGCAGGUCCUGCAGCGGCUUGGGCAAAUGCAGGAAGCACUGCCAGCACCUGCACAUUCUAUGGGCCCGACGAGGAUGGUCGUUUGCGACUUGCAGUUGCAAAUGCCGGGGACAGCCGUGCUGUUCUGGGACGAAAGGAUUGCCGGGCAGUGCGUUUGUCUGAAGAUCACACGCCCGACGUUCCGGGAGAGCGCAAGAGGAUUGAAGCCGAAGGAGCUGCAGUGGUCCAAGCCAGUGGAAUUUGGCGUAUCGUUUUGCCGAGCAAAAAGGGCACGGGCUUAGCUGGCCUCUCGGUUUCUCGUGGCUUUGGUGACAUAGAGUACAAGACAGGUGCCAACGUGGUGAGCGCGGUGCCAGACAUUUUUGUCUCCACCCUGGACCUCCGGGAGGACUGCUUUGUGGUCAUUGCCAGUGAUGGAGUGUGGGGUCCUGUCACGGAUGGCGAGGCAGUUCGGAUAGUUGCCAGUGUCCUCCGAGAGGGCGGAGAGGAUCCAGCAGCAAAUGCUGCUCGGCAACUGCUGGAGGUGGCACAUCACCGUGAUGGCCACGAUGACAAGACAGUUCUCGUGAUUUGGUUUGGAGAUUUGCCGCUUCCACCACCUGUUGACAAAGUGACUGCGUACCCACCGCGAGGCAUCAGACCUGCUCCCAGCUCUGACGACAUGUUCGCAGCCAGUGGCCGCCUUCCUGCUGCCGAGUCGAGUGGAGACUUGGAUAAUCUCUUUGCAUCUUAUGCCAAAGAGAUUGGGAGCAAAGCUAGGUGA